AAAAUUUCAAAGUCUGUCCGUGGUCCGCCUACCUAAUUUGUAAAUGAAAAAUUAAAAAAAAAUAUAUUUUCGCGCCUGCGCAGCAGUGCCUAUUUGGUGCCUAUUGUGAUAAUAUUGGUUAAAGCUCAUUUGUUUUACCAAUUUAUUGCAUAUAUAUUGAAUGUAUAUGUGGGAUAAAACAAUAAGAAUUUUAUAUGUAAACAAAUUAUGGAGCAGAAUAUUUUUGUUGCAUCGAACUCAACAACUUCGAUAAUUCCCUCUGAAGUUACAACUACACAUAUUAUUGAAGAAGGUCCAAGGGUAUGUCCUCUAUGUUCUUCGGAAAUAAGAUAUUUCUUUAUAAACUUAAAUGAGAAAAUGUUAAUGUGUGAAAACAUGGAAUGUGAGUUUCCAUUCGGCUUCGAGGAGCUUCAGUUUAUAAAACUUGAUAACGACGAAGAUAUGAGCGACGUUGUUUCCAUACAAACAAAACCCACCCGAGCAUCACCUAUGCCGACUGGAUCGGUUAUAUCAACUGCUGCCUGGUCGGAAAUAGACAAAAUGAACAAGAUAUAUGAAUCCGAGGAAAGCCAGCUAGAUCCUCGCUCGUUUCACUUACAAAGAAACAAAAAGAAAAUCAAAAAGGACUCGAAAGUAAGCGAAAUAGAGAUCAACAAAAACGUUGAAGACAUAAAAUGUCUCAAUAUGGAGUUGAUGGAGAUAUCUGAAUCGAAUAAAAUUAUCAAGAACGAAAAAUGGAUUAAAAAUUUAAUGACCCUUCAAGGUAAGUCCGGUUUUAAGCUUUUGAAGCCGGAGGAAAUGAAAUGCGUGAAGCAAGAUGAAAGGGAAUUGAAAAUAGACAUCGACACAAACGAUAAUACUAUGUCUUCAAUAAAUAUACAGAUAGCUGAGUAA